CACCUAUAAAUAAAACCUAGUACUAGUUUAAAACAAAAACCAUUGCAAGAAACCAACAAUAUUCCAAAAUUUUAAAAUAAAACAUGGCUAAAAAUGGAUGCUGCAAGAAGGGAGCUGGAUACGCUAGUCCCAUGGAAGCCAUGUCCGGUCCCAAAGAAACUCUUCUUUACGUUACUUGUAUUUACACUGGAAGGGAGAAGCCUGAUUACCUUGCGACGGUGGACGUGGAUCCAGUUUCGGCGACUUAUUGUGAAGUGAUACACAGACUGGCGAUGCCUUACGUUGGUGAUGAACUUCAUCAUUCUGGAUGGAACGCCUGCAGUUCUUGCCAUCAAGCCACGCGUCGUUUUCUUAUCCUACCCUCGCUACUGUCGAGCCGCCUAUAUGUGGUUGAGACGUUGAAAGAUCCAAGGGCUCCAAGCUUACACAAGAUUGUUGAACCUCACACUAUUCUCCACAAAACUGGACUCGCAUACUUACACACUUCUCACUGUCUGCCUUCCGGUGAUAUCAUGGUUUCAUGUCUCGGAGACGAACACGGCAACGCUCAAGGAAGCGGAUUCUUCUUGUUGGACUCCCAUUUUAAUGUUAAAGGAAGGUGGGAGAAAGAUGGGCACAGUCCCCUUUUCGGGCAUGAUUUCUGGUACCAACCUCGCCAUAAUACGAUGAUCAGCUCUUCCUUUGGAGCGCCUGCUGCUUUCACCAAAGGUUUCCACCUCCACCAUGUUUCCCAGGGUCUUUAUGGAAAACAUCUGCACGUCUACGAUUGGCCCAAUGCCCACUUGAAACAGAUAUUGGAUCUUGGAGACACUGGUCUCAUACCUAUUCAGCUCAAAUUCUUGCAUGAUCCAGCCAAGGAUACUGGAUUUGUGGGCUGUGCUUUGUCAGGCAACGUCAUUAGAUUCUUCCAGAAGCAAGAUGGAUCAUGGGAUCACGAGGUAGCAAUUGCAAUGAAGGCCAUCAAGGUGCAGAACUGGAUUCUUCCGGAAAUGCCUAGUCUUGUAUGUGAUGUUGUGAUAUCUCUUGACGAUCGUUUCAUGUACUUAGCCAAUUGGUUCCAUGGUGAUGUAAGACAGUAUGAUAUUCAAGAUCCUACAAACCCUCGCCUCACAGCCCAAAUCUGGGUUGGAGGUCUCAUUCUUAAAGGUAGUCUUAUCGUUGCUCACAACCAAGAUGGUUCCACUUACCAGGUUGAUCAUCCACAACUUCAGGGACAUGAAUUAAGAGGAGGACCACAUAUGUUACAGCUGAGUUUGGAUGGGAAGAGGCUUUACGUCACAAAUUCUCUCUUCAGCGCUUGGGAUCGUCAAUUCUAUCCCGACCUUGUUCAGAAAGGUGGCCAUAUGUUACAGAUUGAUGUUGAUACAGAGGAAGGAGGCCUUGUGAUCAACCCCGAGUUCUUCGUGGACUUCGGGGCUGAGCCGGACGGCCCGUCUUUGGCUCAUGAGAUGAGAUAUCCCGGUGGUGACUGCACCUCUGAUAUUUGGAUUUGAGCUCUCUGUCAAAGACCAUGUAAUGGAAACAUUAUAGUUAAAUGCUAAUGUCUUCAUCUUGAAUGAAGGCAACUAAAAAUAAAGCCAAGUCUUCCUUGUUCAUAACUGUAUGAUUACCUGCUUUCUGGGCAGAAUGGUUAAAACUCUAUUGUGAUUUCUGUAUGUUGUGGUGGUUUCAUGUUUAAUCACCAGUUCUUGUUAAUACAGUUCUUGUUAGACUAUCUCACGGGUAGUCCACAUUUGUUUGAGAA